AUGCUUCCGGUAAGGCUCGAACCCGGCCUCACCAGUUGUGCUCUCGCCCAUUUGGUUACAGAGGCAUUGUUUGAUGGGAACGAUGUCGUGUAUGGCUUCCCUUCCAUCAUUGUCCAUGUGGUGUGUUGUAUCCUUUCACCAACUCAGAAACUGCAUUUCCUUCAAAACUACUCAUUAUCUUCAUCAUCCUCCACACUCAAAUCCACAUCUACCACUUCAAAUCAACACUCAUUCAUUGUCGAUUACCUCAUUAAAUCAUGUGGGUUUCCUCCAGAAAAGGCUUUCUGGGCCUCCAAGUACGUGAACUUCAAAACCCCAGACCAACCAGACUCUGUUCUCGCAUUCUUCAGCAGCCAUGGAUUCACCGAAACCCAGAUCUCAGUUCUCAUCAGAAGAUUACCUCAGGUACUCAUGUCCGAUCCCGAAAAAACCCUUUUACCCAAAAUCGUAUUUUUCCACUCUAAAGGUGUUUCAACCGAAGAAAUUGCCAAAAUACUGACUGGAGCACCACGUUUUUUGAUAAGAAGUUUGGAAAAUCAAAUAAUCCCAUCAUACAAUUUCUUCAAGAAAUUGCUCAAGUCUGAAGAAAAAGUAAUUGCAGCUAUUAAACACAGUGGCGGGUGUUCUUUGUUGGAUGCGGCUCCCAACAUAGAAGUUCUGAGAGAAUCAGGUGUGCCUGAAUCGAAUGUUGUGGCCCUAUUUAUGAGUCAACCUAGAGCUUUCGUGUGUAGUACUGAUAGGUCUAAGGAGAUUGUGGAGGAAGCAAAGAAAAUGGGUUUUAACCCUGAGAAUGUGACUUUUGCUUUAGCAGUUAAUGCACUGAGGGCAAUGAGUAAAUCAACGUGGGAAAAGAAGGUGGAGGUUUACAAGAAGUGGGGUUUGUCUGAAGAGGAGAUUUUGGUAGCUUUUAAGAAGACUCCAUGGUGUAUGGUAGUGUCGGAGGAGAAGAUUAUGGCAAUAAUGGAUUUUUUUGUCAAUAAAAUGGGUUUGGAGUCCUCGAUUGUUGUGAGGUAUCCAGGGCUUAUUACCCAGAGCUUGAAGAGGAAGAUCAUUCCAAGGUGUUUGGUUUAUGAAAUUCUAUUAUCGAAAGGUUUGAUUAAGAAGGAUUUUGGCUUGAAUUUGAUGUUUGUGUCUACUGAAAGUUACUUCCUACAGAAGUAUGUGAAAAAAUAUGAGGAAGAAGCUCCUGAGCUUUUGAAGUUAUAUCAAGAGAAGUUGAAUCUUUCAAAGUGACUAGGAUAUGGAAAAAUGAGGAACAGAGUUGGUUUCUCCUAUGUUUACUCUUGGGUAAUGAAUAUGCUUUUUUGUGAAAUACAACAUGCCAAUCAAUUCACAUUCAUUGAUCUCUGAGCAAAUUUGAGUUAUCCAUUUUAGCUCCGGCAAUUGAAACAUGAAGCUCAACAACAUGGUGCAUUGAAUUCUAUGAUACUUUUGUAGUGGAUUGGGCUUGGUGUGAAUACCAUUGUCCGUUUAUCUGGGAGAUCAGUCUGGCGAUCUUGGUUUUGUUCUGAACUAGUUCAAUUUGGUAAAUUACUGGUUUUCAUUUUCAUUUGUAAUGGCGCAAACAUCUAACUCAGUGUUGUAUUUAUUUAAUCCAGCAACUGUUAUUUUCCUCUUUUGUUUAGAGCAUAAAUUAAUGAGAUUAUAUAACAUUGUUCUCUUUAUUCAAG